AUGCAUCGCGACGCGUAUGGCCACGGUAGACGGGAGGGAGUAGCUCAUUGGCAAGGUUCCGCGGCCGGGCCAAACCGUGGGGGAGCGCAGGGCCAUGGUGGAGCGGAAGGCACGGAGCACGGACAGGAGGGGGCGCGUGAGUUAGAGGUUGAGGGGGGCCACGUGCAGGAGUAUCUGUCGUCUCGUUACCACCGUCGCACGGUUUCGCAGCCCAAUCUGGACGCGCUCGUUUCGCGCCAGCAGCAGCAACAGCAGCACCAGCAGCAGCAGCGACCGAGGGGAAUCGUUUCCAGUCCGCCGCACGAAGCGUCGCCGUUCCUGCGCCGUUCCACCACCUACACCACGCCGUUCCCCGUCUCCUCGUCUGCUCCGCCUGCGCCUGCUGCCGCGGCUGCAGCGCUCGCGGCUACGCUUGAGCGGGGCUCCCUCGCGCUCUCGCGCGCCCGCGAUCGACUGCCACCCCCGCUGAACCUUCCGCUAACACUCUCAGCCUCGUCGUUUGUUCCAGCGUCCCCCGCGUCGUAUUCCCCCGCCGCCGUGUUGAAUGACGCGCGGGAGGGGAGAGUCCUCAGCAGCAGCCACGACGGGCGGAUGGGUAUGAGCAGUGGCAGCGGCGGCAGGGGAACGCCGUUCACCGCCGCGGCAGUAGCGGCAUUGGUGGCGCGGGAAGGCCUGGGAGGACCUGCGGGGGGCGGAAGCUGCGGCGGAAGCCCGCGGUCGUUGAUAUCGCCGCAAAUGCAGCACAUGGCGGGAUCGCCCAAGUUCCAGGUGGUUUCCCCGCGAUUGCAAGGUGCCAUGCACCGGCUGCUCAUGGCGCAAUCCGACCUCACCCCGCGCCUCCCCGCCGAUGCCAUCACAUCCGCAGUCGCCGCUCCUGUGAGCGCCAACGGAGCGAGCGGCGGCGGGGGUGUGGGUGUGGGUGCGGACGCGGGGACGAUAAGGACCGGGCGAUCGCCGUCGUCACAGUUUUGGGAUCGUGCGGAGGGGGAGCCGAUCUUUGACAAGGGCUCGGGGGGGCUUUUCAGCGCCAAGCGCAGGUCGGGCGGGCGCGUUGGAGCCGGGGGAGGCGGAGGCGGAGGCAAUGCAGGCGGCGCAGGGGCGUCUGCGGGCGCGUAUGACGUGGAAGCGGAUCAGUUUCCGCGGCACAGCAGAUCGCACUCGCACUCAUAUUUAAGCCCUUUCCGCAGCGCGCAACCCUCCCCUUCCCCGCUUUCCCCCAUCUCCGCCCAGCAUGACUGCUCCCCGCCGACCCCCCGCAAUCGCCACAAGCGCGGGCCGUCGGAGGCCUCCGUGCUCCCCAUUUCCGCCACGUAUUUGCGCGCGACCCCGCCCACGCUCUCCCCCGCUGGGUUGAUUUCCCCCGCGGCCGCAGGCGCAAGCUUGCGCCCGCGUUUCCUCUCGAGCGGGUCCCUCCCUUCCCCCGCCCUCUCCGCCACGGGUGUCGAGCUCUCCUUCCGCCGCACGCCCUCCCCCGCUCCUUCCCCCGCCUCCGUAGCUUCCGCUCUCUCCGCUCCACUCCGCUCCCCUCCGGGACUUUCCGCGGCUUCCGCCAGCGGCGGAGCAGCAUCUGUCGGAUCUGGCGGAAGCCCCGCCGCGGGCGCCGCCGCCGCGACCGCGCAAGGCUUUCUGAACCGGGACUUUUCGUUCGGGCGGCGGCCCGCGUCCGCUGGCGCGCGAACGAACUUUCUAGAGAGGUACGAGGCGGGGGGCGCAGGCGCAGGGGAAACAGCGGGGGGAGGCGGAAGCAGCAGAGGGUGGGCGCCCGGGCGGGUGAUCGGGGGCGCGGGGAAUGGGAGUCGGGGGAGGUGGAGUGAGAGCGAUGCAGGGUCGGAGGAGGGCGUGGGGGAGGCGGGGGGGAAGGCCGGGAGGGCAGGGGAAAGCGAAGGUGCAACAAGGCUGGGUAACGGGGGAGUCACAGGGGAGGAGAGACGCGAGGGGGUGAAUGAGAAGCAAGCGACGGGAGGGAAGAGGGGGAGUGGGAGGGCGGGUGGCGCCAGUGGUGGCGAGAGUGAUGGCGGCAGGGCGAGUGACGGUAAUAGCAGCAGCGCUGGGCCCCGUGCGGGCAGGACUCGCAGCCCCAAUGGGAGCGGGCUGAUUGGCGAGGAGACGGUCAGACAUGCGGGGGCGCAUGAGGAAAGCCGGGGGGACAAGGAAGGGGAAGAGUCAAGGGAAGGAAGUGAGCGCAGGGUUGGUGGUGGCGGCAGUGGGCACAGGGGGCACUCCCACUCGUGGUGGGCGCGGAAAUCCGCGCGCAGCCUGGACCUGAGGCGGCUCUGGGUGCCCCCGGGGGGAGACGAGGGCGCGCAGGGGAAAGGGGAAGGGGCGCGCGGUGAGAAGAGCGGGCAGAGUGGGCAAAGUGGGGAAGGGGAUGGGUGCGUAUCCAAGGAGACGAAGGAGGAGGGAGAGAAGAAGGGGGCGUCAGGUGCCGUUGGUAGUGGCAGCGGCAGCGGUAGCAGCAGCAGCAAGGCGGGAGGGGGUUUGCUGGGGGUGUUUUCGGGCCGGGGCAGGUUCUCUCGGCGCUUCUCCAAUACCAGCUUCGACUCCUCCUGGUGGGACGCCCGCCACGCCUCUGCUGCUGCCCCCGCACCCAAUGCUGCCUCCGCUGCUGCAACUGCCUCUACCUCUGCCUCUGCGUCUGCCGCUACCUCCUCUGCUCCUGCUCCUGCUGCUCCUGCUGCUGCGAGUGCGUCAGGGGAGCGUGGCGGUGGGGUGGUGGCAGGCGUAGGGAGGGGGCAGGGCAGCAGCAGGAGCAAGAGCAGCAGUGGAAGUGGCAGUGAGAGCGCGGCGGGAGGCGGCAGGGGAAGUGGAGAGGGCGUGCGUGAGGCAGCAGAGGUUGGCAUGGUGGCAGAGAGAGGGGGAGGAGCUGAGGGGGGUAGUGUGGCAGGUGCUGCUGGUGGCGUUUCACGUGGUGGUGGUGGCGGUGUGGCGGGUGGUGGAGGAAGUGGAGAUGUGGUAGGAGGCGAGGAGGAGCGCGGGCUGCUGGGCAACGGGCUGACGGACCUGAAGCGGCGCUACGAGGUGGGCGAGCGCAUCGGCGAGGGGCGCAGCGGCGUAGUGGUGCGUGCGUGCGUGGAGCGCCGGUCGCGGCAGCGGUUCGCGUGCAAGUCAAUCGCCAAGAGCACGCUGGGGGACGCGAAGAAGGUGGAGGCGCUGCUGGUGGAGGUGGAUGUGAUGCAGCGCGUCAAGGGCCACCCUCACAUUGUCUCCCUGCAUGAGGCUCUGGAAGACGCUCAGGACGUGCACCUGGUGAUGGAGAUGUGCUCGGGGGGGGACCUGCUGUCGCACAUCAACAGUGCGCCGCACAUCUCGGAGCGGCAGGCGGCGUGUGUGACGCACAGCAUAGCGAGCGCGGUGGCGCUGUGCCACAGGCACGGCGUGUGCCACCGCGACCUCAAGCCCGAGAACGUGCUGCUCGCCUCCAAGGGCGGGCCCCUGGGAGACCUCCGUGUUGCUGACUUUGGCAUCUCCACGUUCGUGCAGCCCGGGCAGCGCAUGCGGGGGUACGCAGGGAGCCCGUUCUACAUCGCACCGGAGGUCCUAGAGGGGCGGUACGGGCUGGAGGUGGACGUGUGGAGCAUGGGCGUCAUCCUCUACACACUGCUCUCGCAGCGCCUGCCCUUCUGGCACAGCACCGACAUUGGCGUGUACCAGGCCAUUCUCAGGGGCGCCGUGGACACGCAGUCGGGCGCGUGGGUGCAUGUGAGCCGCGAGGCUGCCGGGCUGGUGCGGCGCAUGCUCUGCCUGGACGUGCAGGAACGGAUUACAGUGCAGGGGGUUCUUGAGCACCCGUGGGUACUCCAACACGUGAACGACACCACGCCCCUCCCCCAGCCCGCGCCCGACCUCCCCAACUGGAAGCUCAGCAAGCGCCGCCGCGCCAUCGCACGCUCCCGCGCGCGCAUCACCCCCUCCUUCCGCCUCCCCUCCUGCCUCACCCCCGCCGCCGAUGCCGACGUCAGCGGCAGCGGCAGCGGCGGCAGCAACGGCGGCAGCGUCAGGAGAGGCGGCGGGGGCGCGCUGAGCAGCAGGCGGGAAGGUGACUACUCCCCGCGUGACAACAACGGGGGUGGGUACUAUGAUGAGGAUGAGGAGGACGAGGAGGACGCAGUGGUGACAGGGUUCAUACUCGCAGCGCCCCCAGGCGCCACUCCCACGGUGCCCCCUGCACUGAAUAAGGGCGAGGAGUUCCCCCAGCUCUCCGCUGCUCCACGCAUGCAGCCCCUCGCGCUGCUCUCCCCGUCCCCGCUCCCUGCUGCUUCUGCCGGCAAGCGCGUGGGCGUGAACGGGGGGAGCGGCGUUGGGGGAGGAGGUGGAGGAAGGGGGAGAGGGGAGGAUGUGGAAGGGGGAGGGGGGGAGGGGGAGAUGGUGAGCAUGCCGUCGUCAGUCCCAGCGCUGCUGCUGAGCUCCUCCCCAUCCAUGAAGCGCCUCCCACUCAAGUCCAAGGGGUCGCGCACGUAG